GACAAUAAAUAAUAAUAAUAUAAGAAGAAUGAUAAACUGCUUAAAUUUAUUUCAUUUAAAAAAAAUUAUUAAUUGUUGAAAGCUGUAACGGAAGUUGAAAAUUGUCAAAAUUCUUAGUUUUAAGUUAUAGCUAUUAGCCACAAAAACCUGCCAUGCAAUGCUUCAAACGUGUCCAAUACAAACUCAUUAACGCAAAGGUAAUCAGCACCGAAAUUCCAAAUGUUGCUGAUGCGCAAUGCAAAUCAUGUAAGGAGAUUCAGACCGUUAUAAUUGGGGCAGGAUUGGCAGGUUUGUCCGCGGCAAAUCAUCUCAUCAAAAACGGCUACCCACGCACCUUUAUACUCGAAGCGACCAAUCGAUACGGCGGCCGUGUUAAUUCUAAACAAUUUGGGGAUGCAUUUUGUGAGCUGGGCGCAAAGUGGAUAACUAUUGAUGGUUCAAAAAAUUCCAUGUAUGAACUUUUACGGCAAGCUACUAGUUUGCAGAAAAGUAUACAGCAAAAACAAGAUGCAGAGUACAGAGAUACACUGGGACAAACAAUUAAUAAGUACCUGCCUGAAGUAGUAAAUGUUUACUUCCGGAAAUUAUGUGCCGGGAUCGAUUUAACUGAUCGAAUUAAAAAUGGCCGUUUGUACGAGUUGAACAAUGUUCAUACAUAUUUUCAAUCGGAAGCGGAAAAAAUCGUCAACAGUAUGUUUAAAGAGAGGGAUCGUAGCGUAGUUGUUGAUAUAUUCAUAACACUAAUGAAAGAAUACGGCGGAAGCUUGGGCUGUAAUUUGGAAUAUUUGAAUGUUGAGCAAUUGCUCAAAUUUAAAAAUCAAUUCGCAUAUCCGAUUUACGUACCUAAUGGUUUGAAUAACAUUUUUCAGGAGAUAAUCGCAAACAUAGAGAAAGAUCAUUUGCAAACUGGUAAACCAGUAGGAGAGAUCAGAUGGAGUGAUCUGGACCGAGAAGAUAAAAAGUAUGUAAACUGUUUAGACGGCACCGUAUUUCCCGCAGAUCAUAUUAUCUGCACUUUGCCGUUAGGCGUUUUGAAAACUUUCUCUGGACAUAUGUUUAAACCGCCUCUACCGCCAGAAAAAACAAUAGCUAUAAAAAAUAUUGGAUUUGGUUCGCCAGUAAAAAUAUAUUUUGAGUACAAAAAACUAGUCAAACAUUGGUUUAAAAAUAAUUUACGGCCCUUAUGGUCGGCUAAAGAGAGAAAUGCCGAUUUAAAUUGGAUUAAGCAAAUUGUGGAAGUAUCUAAACUUCCAACUAGCAAUCGCGUAUUGGAAAUUUCCAUAGGUGGCGCUUACUACGAUGAAAUUGAAAAGUUGCCCGAUUCCGAACUAAUAACUGAAGUAACGAAACUAUUACGCAAGUGCUUGAACAAUCCCCAAAUACCUUUCCCUAAAGAGAUACUAAGAUCGAAUUGGAGCACAAGUGCUUGCUAUUUAGGUGGGCGUCCUUACUUCUCAACUAACAGCAGCGUAAACGAUGUUAAUACUUUGGCCAGACCGCUUGGGUACAAAACUAGCCUACUCUUCGCAGGUGAUGCUACCAUUUUGCAAGGUUUUGGAACUUUGGACGGAGCACGUUUGAGUGGCAUUCGGGAGGCACAACGUAUUAUUGAAUAUUAUGGUAAAAAUUAAACGAACCGGUAAAUUUGUGAAUAUACAUUUUUAAGCAUUUUUUAUCUAAACCCUAUUCUCAUCCACGCAUACAUAUUUCUCG